AAAGGAACAUUAUUAUCUCAAAAUGGUGAUUUUGAGUGUCCGAUGCCAUAGCCAAGGGUCCCCUCAUUUAUGAAAGAGUACGGUCGCCAUCGCUGAGCUGCUUCUUUCUGCAGCUGCUUAAUCUCUCUUCCUCCGCCGGCGAUGACAUCUCUACGGUGGUUAACAGAACCCUCGUCUCUAUGUUCUCCCAACUUUCUACCUUUCAAGCCCAUGUACAAAACCCUACCUAGACCAACGACAAAACCCUACCCAAAAUCAUCACCCAUUAGAUCCGUCCUUCAAUACAAUCGCAAGCCGGAGCUCGCCGGUGGUACCCCAAGAGUCGUUGUCAUCACAUCUGGCAAAGGCGGUGUCGGCAAAACCACCACAACUGCCAAUGUUGGUCUUUCCCUUGCUCGAUUGGGCUUCUCCGUCGUAGCCAUCGACGCCGAUGUCGGCCUCCGCAACCUAGACCUCCUUCUCGGCCUUGAAAACCGCGUCAAUUACACCGUCGUAGAAGUCCUCAAUGGCGAUUGCCGCCUCGACCAAGCUCUUGUCCGCGAUAAACGAUGGUCAAACUUCGAAUUACUAUGUAUUUCGAAACCUAGGUCGAAAUUACCCCUAGGGUUUGGUGGAAAAGCCCUAGUUUGGCUUGUUGACGCAUUGAAAGACCGUCAAGAAGGUUGCCCGGACUUUAUACUCAUAGAUUGUCCCGCCGGUAUUGAUGCUGGGUUUAUAACGGCGAUUACCCCGGCUAAUGAGGCUGUUCUGGUCACAACGCCGGACAUUACUGCAUUGAGAGAUGCCGAUAGGGUCACUGGUUUGUUGGAAUGUGAUGGGAUUAGGGAUAUUAAGAUGAUUGUGAACAGGGUUCGAACUGAUUUGAUAAGGGGGGAAGAUAUGAUGUCAGUACUUGAUGUUCAGGAGAUGUUGGGAUUAGCCUUGCUGGGAGUGAUUCCAGAGGACUCUGAGGUGAUUCGAAGUACAAAUAGAGGGUUCCCACUUGUUUUGAAUAAGCCACCAACAUUAGCAGGAUUGGCAUUCGAGCAAGCAGCUUGGAGGUUGGUUGAGCAAGAUAGCAUGAAGGCUGUAAUGGUGGAAGAGGAACCCAAAAAGAGGGGAUUUUUCUCCUUUUUUGGAGGUUAGAGAUUGAAAUCUUGAAUGGGGUUUGAAGCUUUUGAAUUCUUUGAAUUGGGUUUGUUUUGGUGGAGAAAUCUGUCUUGUUUCGUUAUGUAGGAGCUGCAAUUUGUCAAUUGAAAUGCUAUGUACAGUAAGGUGAUAAGGUUUGCCUUUCUUCAAUUCCUAUGAUUGAUUGAUAACUUAAUGUUACUUUCCUAGGCAGAAAAUUUAGAAUUCCGGGUAUUUCUUUUAUGGUCAUUUGUAUUUCUAUGAUUUAGCAAUGAAUUUUAUUACU